ACUCUCAAUCGAAAGGAAAACUUAUGAAAUCUACUGUUCUUUAGGGUGCAGCCAUGGAGAAACAAUGUUUCGCCGUUAACAGAAGGAAUUACAUGGUUGACCAUUACCUCCGAUUGCUGCUGAAAGACAGAUUCGUGGGACACCUGCAGCCAGGCCAAUACAUUACAUUGCAUAUGGAUGGUCUUGCUGCUAUGAAGGUUUUGGUUUCAGAAGGUGAAACAAAGCGAAAAUUUUUGGAUGAAGGAUGGAAAGAAGUGGUAGACUAUGUCUUAACCAUAGAAGGGGCUCGUUGGCCAAAGUUCUAUUACUAUCCAGGUGCUAAUUACAAGCUUGUUUUUGCGGUUGAUGACCUGAAUCCAUUAACUUUAGGCCGACCUAUUCAAAACAAUCAGGAUAAAGAAGAUGGAAUACAAGAUCUCCCAACUGGCUUUGCAGUUACUGUAAAGGACAUGACAAUUAAGCAUCACACAGUCAUGACUAUUCCUAACCAGUAUAAAGACACAGUCACUGUAGAAAUUAGUUCUGUGAUAAGUUUUUUCUUUUAUGGCGGAGUUGAGUGGAAAAUGAACACUACAAGAAAAACGCCGUUUUGCGACCGACAAAUCGGUCACAAAAUGGCUAAUAUCAGUCGCAAAUUUCCUUAUGCGACCGAUCUGCGACCGACAUAUGUCGGUCGCAAAAUACCUGGUCGCAAAUUUUUUUGCGACUGA